AUGACGGUUCUGCAUAACCCCGGUCUGCCGCGCGUCCUCAACCGCAUCACCCCGCAGCGGCUCGAGUUGACGCUGAUGCUCCUCAAGGAGCGGAAGAAGAAGCUGCGCUACCUUGGCAGCUACCUCCAGCACUACAACGAUCGCAUGUUUCUCUACAACGCCAUGGGAGGACUGCGGGGGACGAAGUUUAUUGUUGAGCGUCACCACCAUAGGGCCCAGUACUGUCACCCCACGCUUCACUCUGAGCGCUACGACGUUCGCACCGUCAAACUGAAGGGGUCACAGUUUGACCAGCUGGGAAACUUUACGCGUAACAACUGGGACUGCAUGAUCGCCACCACGAACCUCUUUCAGGACUCAACCUUCCGCCGCCACCUCACGGCCGUGCACAAGGACGAGGCCAUCGCCCUGCUGGAGGGCUGGGGAGUGAAGUACGUGCUCCUGGACGAGAUGCGGAAGCCGACGGUGCAGGACAGCAUUUACGUGCGACACCACCUCUACGCGCAUAAGUUUCCGUACAUUCCCGACCCCGUCACAAACGCCUACUACGGCGACGCCGACUGGAAGUGGAAGGGAAAUGAGAAAAUUGACUACACGCAGCAUGGUGCAGCGGCGAAGGAGGCUCGGAACGACUUCCGGAGUCUGUGGUCAUCCGCGGUUAGAGCAGCUGCCGACGCGCCGGCAGCGAAAACGAAGAAGGCGACGCCCUCCUAA